UACUCUUACUAUGACUUAACACUAAUAUUUGAGUUGUCCAAAUACCAAAGUUUCAUCACUAUGUGCAUCAUCGAAAAACAAAAUCCACCUAAAAUCAUUUCAAAACAAAAAGCCUAUAAAUCCAAUACUAAAAGUUUACCAAUUACACAAACCAAAACCCAUGAAGAGCAAAUCAGUGACCACCAUCAUCUUUACUCUCAUCUUCUCCACAACUCUCCUAGACCCUUCUCUCUCAGAGCUAUGCAACCAAAAUGACAAAAAAGUCCUUCUCCAAAUCAAGAAAGCUUUCAAUGACCCCUAUGUCCUCACUUCAUGGCAUGAAGACACCGAUUGCUGUGAUUGGUACUGCGUCACUUGUGAUCCCAAAACGCACCGUAUCACCGCCUUAACAGUUAUUACUGGUUCUCUCACGGGACCUAUCCCGACCCAAGUAGGAGACCUCCAUUACCUCGAAAACCUCGACCUCCACAAACAAGUUAACCUCACGGGUCCCAUCCCACCGGCCAUUGCUAAACUCAGAAACCUCAAGUUCCUCAGAUUAAACUGGAACAGCCUCACCGGUUCGGUCCCGGAUUUCUUAAGCCAACUCACCAACCUCACUUUCCUAGAUCUAUCUUUCAACAACCUAACUGGACCCAUCCCGGCUUCCCUCUCCAAGCUACCAAACCUUAGGUCCCUCCGGCUGGACCGGAACAAAUUAAGCGGAUCGAUCCCGGAAUCGUUCGGAGAGUUUAAAGGGGAAGAUUUUUAUUUGGUCUUGUCUCAUAACCAGCUCUCGGGUAAAAUUCCAGAUUUGUUGGGAAAAAAGAAGGACUUUGCUAAUAUAGACUUGUCCAGGAACAAGCUUGAAGGUGAUCCGAAUGCGUUAUUCGGGUCGGAUAAAACUAUCCAGUUUGUAGACCUGUCGAGGAAUUUGCUGGAGUUUAAUAUGUCUAAGAUUGAGUUUCCCAAGAGCUUGGCCACGUUGGAUCUUAAUCAUAAUAAGAUAAUUGGGAGUCUUCCUGUGGGACUGACCGCACUGGAUGAUUUGCGCGGUUUCAAUGUGAGCUAUAAUAGGUUGUGCGGGAAAAUUCCGGUGGGUGGGAAUUUGCAGAGCUUCGAGGACACGUCGUAUUUCCAUAACCGUUGCUUAUGCGGUGCUCCGCUACAAAGUUGUAAAUAGUAAAUUAUAUAUUGACUUUGGAGAAGUACUAAAAUAUUAAUUCAGUGCAAUUAUAUAUAUAUUGAAUUUCUGAUGUUGGGUGUCACUAUAUUUGGUUACAGAUUAUUGUACUGGAUGAGAAUAUAUAUUCCAUUAGUUGUAAUUUGUUUUAUGUAUGCAAAAGUUGAUCCAAAUCGUGUGGGAGUACAGUAAGCUUUCACCAUCAAUUGCAUGGCGCAUUAUUUGUUUUAUGUUA